UGUUUGUGUGGUGCCGCCGCCGCCGGUGCAGCCGCCGCCGCCGCUGCUGCCCCUGUCUGUACCGCAGUGUCUGCUCCGCCCGCCCGCCCUCCCCGACCCGGCCCGCCCCCUCCCCCACCCCCGUUCCCGGACCCGCCAGUGGGGUCCGGAUCCCACGGUGCCGUCGCCGCCUCUUUUUUCGACGCCCUCGCCGCCGCCUGAAGAGGAGGCGACCUAGUCGGGAGUUCCGCCGCCGCUGCCAGGAUGGAUAGAAUGACAGAAGAUGCUCUUCGCCUGAAUCUUUUGAAGAGGAGUUUGGACCCAGCAGAUGAGCGAGAUGAUGUCUUGGCAAAACGACUCAAAAUGGAGGGGCAUGAGGCCAUGGAACGUCUGAAAAUGUUGGCACUUCUCAAAAGGAAAGAUUUAGCAAAUCUGGAGGUGCCACAUGAGUUACCUACUAAACAAGAUGGCAGUGGUGUCAAGGGUUAUGAAGAGAAACUCAAUGGGAAUCUCAGGCCUCAUGGAGACAACAGGACUGCUGGAAGGCCAGGCAAAGAAAACAUCAAUGAUGAGCCUGUGGAUAUGAGUGCUCGACGGAGUGAGCCUGAUCGAGGAAGGCUAACUCCUUCCCCAGACAUAAUUGUUUUGUCUGAUAAUGAGGCUUCCAGUCCCCGGUCCAGCUCCCGGAUGGAAGAAAGACUCAAAGCAGCCAACCUAGAGAUGUUUAAGGGGAAGGGCAUCGAGGAACGGCAGCAGCUUAUCAAGCAACUGAGGGAUGAACUACGUUUGGAAGAAGCUCGUCUGGUGCUGUUAAAGAAACUAAGACAGAGUCAACUACAGAAAGAGAAUGUGGUCCAAAAGACUCCAGUUGUACAGAAUGCAGCAUCUAUUGUUCAGCCAUCUCCUGCACAUGUGGGACAGCAAGGCUUAUCUAAGCUUCCCUCCCGGCCUGGGGCUCAAGGCAUUGAACCUCAAAAUUUGAGAACAUUACAGGGUCACAGUGUCAUCCGUUCAGCAACCAACACCACCCUUCCACACAUGUUGAUGUCUCAACGUGUUAUUGCACCAAAUCCAGCCCAACUUCAGAGCCAACGGGGGCCACCAAAACCUGGCAUUGUACGCACCACAACACCUAACAUGAAUCCCGCCAUCAGUUACCAACCACAGUCAAGUUCUUCUGUUCCCUGUCAGCGCACAACAUCCUCUGCCAUCUAUAUGAACCUCGCCUCCCAUAUCCAGCCAGGGACUGUGAACAGAGUGUCCUCACCACUUCCUAGCCCCAGUGCCAUGAGUGAUGCUGCCAACUCACAGGCUGCAGCCAAAUUGGCUCUUCGAAAACAGCUGGAAAAGACGCUCCUGGAGAUACCACCUCCAAAACCUCCUGCUCCCUUGCUUCACUUCCUGCCUAGUGCAGCCAAUAGCGAGUUCAUCUACAUGGUAGGCUUGGAAGAAGUCGUACAGAGUGUCAUUGACAGCCAAGGCAAAAACUGUGCCUCACUUCUGAGGGUCGAACCCUUUGUAUGUGCCCAGUGCCGCACAGAUUUUACCCCUCACUGGAAGCAAGAAAAGAAUGGUAAGAUCCUCUGUGAGCAGUGUAUGACUUCCAACCAGAAAAAGGCUCUCAAAGCUGAACACACCAACCGGCUGAAAAAUGCUUUUGUUAAAGCCCUACAGCAAGAACAGGAAAUUGAACAGCGAUUACAGCAGCAGGCAGCACUCUCCCCUCCUACAGCCCCAGCUGUCUCCAGUGUCAGUAAACAGGAGACCAUCAUGAGACAUCAUACGCUUCGGCAGGCCCCACAGCCCCAGAGCAGCCUCCAGCGUGGUAUGCCCACAUCUGCCCGCUCCAUGCUUUCAAACUUCGCACAGGCACCCCAGCUGUCUGUGCCAGGUGGCCUCCUUGGUAUGCCAGGUGUCAACAUUGCAUAUUUGAACACUGGCAUCGGAGGACAUAAAGCCCCCAGUUUGGCAGACCGGCAGCGUGAAUACCUUUUAGACAUGAUCCCUCCCCGGUCUAUAUCUCAGUCCAUCAGUGGACAGAAAUAACGCCUGUUCCACUUAUACUGCCCAUCCUUGAAUCCUUUACCCAUUUCUCCUAUUGCCCCCAACUUCCGUCGCAUGCAGUGCCUGUACUGGUGCCUACCAUACACGGAAAGCAAAACCGAAAAAACAGAAGACAAAAAUAGACAUCAACAAGAAAACACACGCCCUGCCCUGCCACCUCCCUUUAUUUCACACUGCUGCGAUCUGUUCUCCUGCUGCUCUGUCUUCUCUCUCGAUUUCCUUUAACAGUGAGGUGGAUCUUUGCCUCUGAUAGAGGUCAGAAUGAGGUCCUGGGGAGAAUCUAAGCCCUUUGAUGUGUGUUUCUAAAGUUUGUUUAUGCUAUAAUUAUUAUCAUUUUUAUUAUAUUGUGUGUCUUCCCUUUGUUCUGUGCACGGUUAACACCCCCAUCUUCUGUUUUCUUUUCUUCCCUGCCUCCUUUCUGCUAAUACUCCCUCUUUUUUAAGAAAAAAUACAAAUGAUAUACCAGUUCAAUGAUCACAUGCAGAUUGCAAUGGAUCCUCAGCUACCAAGUAGGACAUAACUGAGAAUGUUAGGGACAGAGAUUUUGAAUGCACUUAACCUGAGUUGUGGAAUGGGCAUCAUCGAGCAAGUAGGAACAGCAUCCCAGCUAUGGUUGGUCAGGAUCUGGACAGUUGUGGAGACAAUGUUUUAGUAAUGAAGUCGGGCUCUUUAAGAAUAAGGAAAAGAGCUUGGAGGAAGAAGCUUAAAACAAAAACUACCUGUAGGGAGAUGGGGAAGAGGUGUGACAUAAGUUUAAUAGUGUCCCAAAGAGGACUGUGACCAGGUCCUGGCCUUUAGUUGCUGGGGGAAUAAGAUUGGUCUCCUGACCCCAGUGAGGACACAGACAUCUGUUCCAGGCCAACCAUCCCAAGACUGUUCACCUUGUUUCUUUGUAAAAGUUGUCUCCCAUCACAUGUUCAUACCCUCUUAACAAAUGUUAAUCUUCCUUCUAACUGUGGUCCCAGAGGAAUGGCUGUUUCCAGGCAGCAGGUGCCUGGGGUCCUAGAAACUGGAAUAGGUGUGAGUGAGUCACGUGACAGAAGGAGAGCCUAGACAGAGAGGAGGAAGAGGUUCUCCCAGCAGUCAAGAUCCUCCAGUUUUUCUGUCCCUAUCCCCUCGUGAGUGCUGAGAGAUAGGGGUAUAGAUCCCUAAUCAGGUUGGCGCUCUGCUCCCCCUCUGCUGUGCUGACCAUAGAUCCAACUCCUCAGAGCCAAGCAACUCUUGUCAAACUAGCCAUGGACCUCAGCUAUACAAGUAUUGUCUUCCCCAAGCUCCCAAAUUUAUUAAUUUUGCCAUUUUUUUUAAAUUUUUUUUUCUUAGGCGCUACUAAUGUAGAGAAUGAAUUGAAUUGUGCAAUGUUGCUGUUCUGGGGUUAGGGAGGUAAGCAUCCUGUUUGCCCACACUGUGGCAAGGAGGAGGGGACCAAACUGUUUUUGAGGUAAGAGAAGCCUGAAAAUGAAGGGUCUCUGCUCUCCUCAGAGUGUGCUGCGCCUGCCUCUACAGCUCUAGAAGCCAUCAGAGUGCACUGGGGACACUCUGAGCGGAUCUGUGAGGAGUUGUGUGACACUUUACCCUUGAUAGCCACCUGAGGAAAUCCCCUCAUUUUUAUUUUUAAAAACUAAAUAAUUUUUUUAAAGUAAGAAGGCACUUUUAAAAUUAUUCACACACACAUACUGCACACCUUUCCCAUAACAUUGGGGGUAGGGUAGGGAAAGAAGCUGAAAUCACGCUCAAGUCCCUACUCUGGUCUCUCUUUCCCAUACUCCAGUGCCACUGUGGGUGAUUAUACUGGCCCUACGGGCCUUCCUGGCUUCUUUCUUUCUUCUCUUUCCUUCAAAUUCGUUGAGCACUUAAUAAAGGAGCAGAGAUACAGCUGUGUCUGGGCUCCCCAAGUGGUGAAGUGACCUGGAAGCUAGAUGCUAGUAACAAGUAGUUUGAGCGGGUCAUUUCGAGUAUUUUUCUGGGGAAUGUGGUGCCCCUGACUGUAAGUGGUGGGGAGGGAGGGGGGGCUAAUGGAGCUGGGUCUGGGAUUAUUUUAAAAUUAUAUACAUAUAUAUAUAUAUAAAGAUAUAUUCUUACAUCUUUUCUUUGCCCUCUGUGCUUUGAAAGCACUGGAUAAAUUGAUUUUGUUUCUCUCUUCCACAAAAUGGGAAGAUUUUUUUUCCUCCAUUUUUUAAAUGUUUUUCUUAGCAGUCAUCUUGCCUUGUGGCAUGUCUGUCUAACCUCUCUCCCUACCCCAUGAUGAAGUGCCAUUUCUGUUAAGUCUCCCUGACCCCCAGCUCAGAGGUGCUCAGAGGUACAAGGUGCCCACGUUUGUCAGUUGAGAUUAAAAGGAACAGAGAAUGUGCAAUACUGUCCAGCUGGGGCCUGUCCCUGCCCUGAGCUAGGUUCUCUCCCUGGAAGCCAGGCCACUUUGAAUAAGGUUUGGAAGUAAGAUGUAUAGAAAUGGGGGUGGUGGGGAAGGAGAGCCCAGAGUACAGUGCCUGUUGAGGUGCUGAGGCCAUAGGGAGAGGGUGGAUCUUCCUGCUUUUCCCUUCAGGGCCAAUCACAUAGAAGCUGCUUAUUGACUAGUCUAGCUCUGUGGCCCUUUGCUCAGUUGCUGAGGUUUGGUUCCUCCUCUCUUGCCCAUCUUCAUGUCCUUCCAGGGAUUAGUGAGAGGGUGAAAUCUUUCUUAAUCAUGGUAAAGUGUUAGCCUUCCAUCUCCUCCUCACUCCUGCCCCGGCCCCCUUUCUUCAAGCCUCUACACUUUACAUCAUUGAUUGCCUUGUGUCCUUCCAAGCCUUUUUUUUUUAAACUCUCCUCCUCAGGCCAUGGGCCCUUAGACACUAACCCUCAUGCCCUAAGGAGAGGAGGAAAGGCCCUGAGGUCAGCUGUCCUUUACCUUUGGACUAUGAUUCUCAGUGUCAGGAGAGUGAGGAUCCAACCAGUACACUCUGGCUUCCUCUAGACUCUGAGGCACUCAAACUAGUCAUUCAUGGAUGGUGUCCUACUCUGUAGAAACCUGAAAUGGAUGGAUUAGUGGCAAGGCUGGGGGUAAAAUUAGGAGACAGAGGUCCUUAUUUGUCAGUUUUAUUUUGUCACUGACCAUAGCAUCUGAACUCCCUCCAUCGCUGAAUAAGUAUUUUUCCUGCAUUUUGGGAUAUAUGUAUGGUAGACAUUUCUUUUUAAAGACACCAAGAUAAAUGUUUUCCUGCCUUGGUUACCUUUCCUUGCCCCUUUAAAAGGAAUUAGCUAUAGAACUGCUUUGUAAAGAUGCUUCUUGAUAUUUUACUUUUGUUCCUUUCCCUAAACCAUUCCCAUUUCUCCCUUUUUUCUAGAAGGCAUAACCCUUCUUUCCACAGCCCCUCCCCCCACUCAUCCUAGGCUCCUUUCCUUUCCAUCAAGAUCUUCAUUAGCUUAUGAUAUUUGCUGCCGAGAUGUUAUAACAAGGACUCAUUCGUGUAUAUAAGCUAUUUCUUGAUCCAUUUAAAAGGAAUUGUACAUUGUGUAGAAAAAAAAAAAAAAAACGAAAAAGAGAAAAAAAAAAAAGCCCUAGCCAUGGAUAUUGUGAAACUGUGUUAUGUCAUUUUGUAAUGUGCCCGUUUGUGUAUGAUCCGUGCAAAAGGGUUUCUGGGGAAGGGGAGGGGUAGGGAGGCAGGGCUGUGGAGGGUGGGCAGAGGAGUGGGCCGGGCCCAGCACACUGAGGCUGGCAGCUGCUCAACCCCAUCCCUCCUUAAAGAUCCACCUCCCCCACCACCCACCCCUAAUUUGUGCCUUGCCCUCCCCACCCUGGAGUAAUCCCUCCAGGUCACCAGCACUGCCUUGGCAGAGCCCACUCCCUACCCUAACCUGCCCACUCUUCCUACCCCCAGCAUUAGGUUGAUACUGUGGGGAAGUGCUGGAGGUUGGGAGGUAGCCGAGGAAUGGGGCAGUUCCUGGGGGCAUCGAAACCAAGUAUUAUUAUGAAUUGUAAUUGUAUUUGCACUGUUUUCCCCUCUGAUUGCAUCAGCAUAUAUACAAUAUACCUAUAUAACAAAAUCCAGUGUCAAAGCUUUCUUAUGCAAGGGAUUUCCCCACCCUUCAGAAAAAGAACCUCAUGGACCUCUGAAAGGGUGGAUUGUCAGGAAAUAGUAAAAAGGAAGGAUUUUAGUUAUCCUAAGAAAAUUACCUGCACCAUUCUAGGCUGUGUGGAUUGAGGUGAGGCUGGCCCCUGGGAAUUACAGGGCUCCAGGGCUAGCAUUGUAGAAAGUAAGAAUCCAGGACACAGGCACAGUGUGGAUAUCUGGGCCUACUGACUUGCUGUGUGAUCUUUGGAGCUCAGUGUCUUCAGCCUGUGAUGUGAGAGAGGAAACCACUGGUCUCCAUGCUUAAAAUUCCUCAAUUCUUUCCCCAUCUGCCAAAAAACAAAGCACCCUGAGGGGAAGGGAGUGCUGGGCUGAAAAACCAGGGAGGAAGUGAAGAGUGACUUGUUAGUAUUACUUACAUUGACAGUGUCCUUGGGAAAUUGCCAGUCCCUUGCUUCAAUAUUAAUCUAGGAGAGGUGGCAGUGAUGUGUAGGAUGUUAAGCCAGUAACAUCUUGGCCCUUGUGCUUCUAGCCAUGUCAUGACAGGGACCAGGCUCCAAGCCUCACCUCACAAUCACAGAGUCCUUAAGGAUGGUUAACCAAUGAAUGCCCACCAGGUUGGUAAUCUAGUUGCUAUAGGAUGUGGAAUUUCCCUCAUCUUGGCGACAAGGAGAGCUCAGAUGUAGCCCACGUCUUUCCUUCCCUCGGAUCUCAUCUGAACCCCAAAGGCAACUGUUCAGUCUGUCUCCUUCAGAGGCCCAAUUUACUCCCUCAUUUCCUGGGCUGAGUGUUUUUACUCUCUUAAAUUAUUGACUCCAAAGCCUGGAGAGAGCAUAGGUUGAUGGGUGAGGCCUUGGUGAAGGUGGAGGAUAGAUUGGGGUGGGUGGUGGGGAGCAGGGAGGU